AUGCCUACAGUCCAUCUGCUCGACUAUGCGGCAGGCAAUAUUCGCUCCUUGGUCAACGCCAUAGAAAAGCUUGGCUGGGAAGUCGCGUGGGUGAAAGAUCCGAAGGAUGUUGAGAAGGCUGAGAAACUCAUCUUGCCUGGCGUAGGCCAUUUUGGUCAUUGUAUUACGCAAUUCACAAAUGCCGGUUAUGUAGAGCCUGUGCGAUCAUACAUUCACUCUGGAAAGCCUUUCAUGGGCAUUUGUGUUGGUCUACAAGCACUAUUCGAAGGCUCAGCAGAAAAUCCAAAAGUCCCUGGUCUUGGUAUCGUCAAAGGCCGACUUGAGCGAUUCAGCAGUGACGACAAAAGUGUUCCGCAGAUAGGCUGGAAUUCUGCCAAUACCUCGGACAGCAAUCAAAGCAUAUACGGCCUACGUCCCGAUAGCAAGUACUAUUACGUGCACUCGUAUGCUGUGCCGUAUCGGGAAGGCCAGUUUGAAGCAGACGGCUGGACAGUGGCGAAGGCUCGCUACGGAAACGAAGAAUUUGUUGGUGCCAUUUCUCGAGACAAUGUGCUUGCCACCCAGUUCCACCCCGAGAAAUCUGGCGCUGCUGGCCUGAGAGUACUGAGAGCUUUCUUGGAGGGCCAAAAAUCUGCUCCGCUACCGGCAAGCGUUCACGAUCCCCAGGAAGGCCUGACCCGCAGGAUCAUUGCAUGCCUCGAUGUCCGUACCAAUGACCAAGGCGAUCUUGUGGUCACCAAGGGUGAUCAAUAUGAUGUGCGCGAAAAGAGUGGCGAGAACGCUGUUCGCAACCUUGGAAAGCCAGUCUCAAAAGCGCAACAGUACUAUGAACAAGGCGCCGAUGAGGUGACCUUCCUGAACAUCACCUCUUUUCGUGACACUCCUCUGAAAGACUUGCCAAUGCUCGAAGUCCUUCGCCAAGCUUCAGCGACAUGCUUUGUACCAUUAACGAUCGGAGGUGGCAUCAGAGAUACGAAAGAUCCCGAGACAGGGCGUACAGCACCAGCGCUCGAGGUCGCAACUCUCUACUUCAAAUCUGGCGCAGACAAGGUCUCGAUUGGAUCGGAUGCUGUGACCGCUGCGGAAGAAUACUAUGCAUCCGGCAAGAAGCUUUCUGGCAAAACUGCUAUCGAAACCAUAAGUGAAGCUUACGGAGCUCAAGCAGUUGUGGUCUCCGUUGAUCCCAAAAGAGUCUACAUUGCGUCGCCAAAUGACACUGCACACAAUACCGUGGAAACUCCAUAUGCCGGACCGAACGGCGAGAAGUACUGCUGGUAUGCAUGCACAAUCAAGGGUGGUCGAGAGACUCGCGACCUCGACGCGGUCCAGCUGGUACAGGCCGUGGAGGCCAUGGGAGCAGGAGAGAUCCUGCUCAACUGUAUCGACAAAGACGGCACCAACUCUGGUUUUGACCUCGAACUGAUCCGAAGCAUCAAAGCCGCCGUGAGGAUUCCUGUCAUUGCAUCGAGUGGUGCAGGCAAUGCGGCUCACUUUCAGGAAGUUUUCGAGAAGACGCCAGUUGAUGCAGCACUUGGUGCAGGAAUGUUCCACCGUAACGAGUGGACUGUGAAGCAAGUCAAAGAAGAGCUGCAAAAGACUGGUCUGGUCAUUCGCAGAUUUGAGGAAGACAUCUGA